CAUUCAUCCUCAUGUAUCACUGUGCGUUGCGUUGGCUUCGCGGCUGGAGGCGGUAGUUGUCGCCGCGUUAAACAGCCGCCAACGCUGUCAUUUGCGUUGGUCCGGGACGUCAUUAGCUCGACUAGCUCGCUAGCUUGUUGUUUUUCCAGCCGCCGUCAAUGAGGCUGUCGUUUACGCAUCUCGUGACAGCUGCGCCAUGACGAUGUGAUUGGCCCAGUGGCUGCUGCUCAGUGGAUCCCUCCGCGUAUUGGAGCUGCUAUCCCGGCUGUUGCCAUGGCGAUCCUGUUUGCGGUGGUGGCUCGUGGAACCACCAUCCUGGCCAAGCACGCCUGGUGCGGUGGGAACUUCCUGGAAGUCACCGAACAGAUCUUGGCCAAAAUCCCCUCGGAGAAUAACAAAUUGACUUACAGCCACGGCAGCUAUCUUUUUCAUUACAUAUGCCAUGACAGAAUCAUUUACCUGUGUAUCACUGAUGACGACUUUGAGAGAUCUCGUGCUUUCAGCUUCCUCAGUGAAGUCAAGAAGCGUUUCCAGACCACGUACGGGUCUCGAGCGCAAACAGCCCUGCCCUACGCCAUGAACAGCGAGUUCUCCUCGGCAAUGGCAGCUCAGAUGAAACACCACUCGGACCCACGCGGAUCGGACCGUAUCACUGAGAGUCAGAUGCAAGUGGAUGACCUGAAGGGCAUUAUGGUCCGCAACAUAGAUUUGGUUGCUCAGAGAGGAGAGAAGCUGGAGUUGCUGAUUGACAAGACGGAAAACCUUGUAGAUUCUUCUGUAACAUUCAAGACCACGAGUCGUAACCUUGCACGAGCCAUGUGCAUGAAGAACCUCAAGCUGACCGUUGUCAUUGUGCUGGUGUGCCUGGUCGUCCUUUACGUUGUUGUCUCUGCUGCCUGCGGAGGACCCCGCUGGCAAAGUUGUGUCAAAUGAGAGGCGGGACAAAAAAUGGGGGAGAUAAAGGAAAAAAAGAAUGAAGGAGGGAAGCACCUGUUCAACUCUGCGUGCCAACGGACACAAAAGGAAUCACCGCUUUCCUUGCUUUACUCUUCCAGCUUCAACAUCCCGAGAAGACACAUGCUGCAACUCCUCCUCCUGCCUCCUUCCUUGCGCCCGCCCCCACCCCCCUCUUUGAUAGUGUGCACAUUGACUUGUCUGCUGGAGAGGGAGCCCCACACAAAUGGACAGCAUCCGUGUGGCCUAAACUGAUGUGGAACAAUAAUCUUGUCUUAUUCUAGUCUGAUAUGUCCAUCCUGUCUUAUACACUUAGUGGCCUCAUGUAUCAGUCUGUGAUACUGUCCUGCACCAAUGUAUGUUAUGAAUCCAUUCAGACUGAUAGCAGAAUGAACCAGAAAGAUAUUAUUUUCCUGCUUUUCCUUCGGUGACAAUGAGAGAUAUGGGACCUGCGAGUGUAAGUAGCAUUUACAGUAUGUUGCAGAUCCAUCAAGAAGAUCUACCACAAUACAGUGUCUGCUCCUUUGUCAUAUAACUAAACUUUUUUUUCUGACAACGCAGUGUACAGAAUUUAUGAUUUACAUUAUCUUUUAAUUACCAAGCACAGCAGUACCUUCUAAAAUGGUCGUACAGAGCCAGAUAUGAUCAUCCAAAUAAUUUCUUGUACAUUUGAUUGAUGUUACUGAUUCUACGACACAAUGGUUCUUUUAAAUCAACACUUUCCUUCUCACCGGUGGACUUAAUUUGCCUUUCACCUUUAGUAGAAUGCUCAGUGCUCCCAUACGUUGUUUCUGUUAACACAAUGCACUUUUUACAUUGUACAUAGAUCUGCUUCCUGGCAUCAUAUGGUAUGUAAUUAUUUAAUUAUUGUACAUUCAGAUUUGAAAUAAAUAAACUGAUGGCAUCGA